CCCCGCCCGGCCGUUCCGAGGGAGAGGGAGGGAGCGGGUGCGCGCCAGGCCCCGGCGUGUCGCAGCGAAGGCGUCCGGGCGGGCCCCGCUGCCGCGGCGGCGCGUUCCGCCCGGAGCGUGUGCGCGGGCCCCGAGCGGAGCCGCCGCUGCCAUGGAGCGGGGGGGCGGCGGCGGCGCGCGGGGCUGAUCGCGCCCCUUCCCCAUGAGACUGUGGUUGUGCUGGCUGGGCUGCUACACCCUGUUCUUGUGGGUGCUGAGGAGGACGAUGUGGGCUGGCCCGGCGCGGUACCUGCGGAGCCCUUUAUCCAGGUCCCUCUACGUGAAUAUGAUGGGCAGCCACCGCCAGCCAGCCCCGGGCGCCAGGGAGAACCACCAGUGGUAUGUCUGCAACACUGAACAGUUGUCUGAAUCCCUUCAACCCAUUUUUGUCCAGAGUUACCUUGACCAAGGAACACAGAUCUUCUUAAACAACAGCAUUGAGAAAUCAGGCUGGCUGUUUAUCCAGCUCUAUCACUCUUUUGUGUCCUCUAUUUUUAGCCUUUUUAUGUCUAGAACAUCUAUCAAUGGGCUGCUGGGAAGGGGCUCAAUGUUUGUGUUUUCCCCAGAACAAUUUCAAAGACUGCUUAAAAUAAAUCCUGAAUGGAAAUCCCACAGACUUCUCGAUUUAGGGGCUGGAGAUGGAGAAGUCACUAAAGUUAUGAGUCCUCACUUUGAAGAAAUCUAUGCCACUGAAUUGUCUGAAACUAUGAUAUGGCAGCUUCAGAAGAAGAAAUACAGGGUGCUUGGUGUAAAUGAAUGGCAAAACACAGGAUUUCAGUAUGAUGUUAUCAGCUGUUUGAAUUUGCUGGAUCGCUGUGAUCAACCACUGACUGUAUUAAAAGAUAUUAGAAGUGUACUGGAGCCGACCAGAGGCAGAGUCAUCCUAGCACUGGUUCUGCCAUUUCACCCCUAUGUGGAAAAUGUAGGUGGCAAGUGGGAAAAGCCCUCAGAAGUUUUGGAAAUCAAAGGGCACACUUGGGAAGAACAGGUGAACAGCCUGCCAGAAGUUUUCAGUAAAGCUGGUUUUGCCAUCGAGGCUUUCACCAGACUGCCCUACCUCUGUGAAGGUGACAUGUACAAUGACUACUACGUGCUGGAUGAUGCUGUCUUCGUCCUCAAGCCCGUGUAAGCCUGUGUGAAGUAAAGCUCCACAAUCUAACCCAAGAAGCAGCCUCUGAAAGAGGGUUUUGAUUUAUGGUUACUUAAAGGGAGGGAAUUUUGGGAUUGCCAUGCUAAAUAAAUAUCAUGUAAGAAAUUUAAAGGCCAAAAUACUAAUGUAUUUCUUUGUAGUGUGAUUAGCGGGGGGGGAGAAAAAAAAUGUUGUUUUUUAAAUGGACUCCUCAGCUGAGUAUUUCUUUUUUACCAGCUCUUAAACCAACAUUGCAUUCUGCAAUCCAGCAGCAAUGGGGGAUAUUUUUUUAUACUUACCUGCAACAGGGAUCAUAUCCAAACAAAAGCAAUAGUCUUUAUAAUGGUGAAACUGAUACAGUGUGAACUGUUGUGAAAGAAAUCAAGCAAAGUCUGGCAAUAAAGUUAUCCAUUCAGUUCAAGCCUUGUUGAAUAAAACUGUUGAAAUGGAUUAUCUUCCAUGCUAAGUUACUUUUUCUCUUACUGUCAUUCUUCACGUUUUUAAUCAUGCUAAUAAACUUUUUUGAGAUGA